UGAAACUAUAUCAAUGGACGACGAGGAUCGCUUGUGGAGUAGCGGUUCAUUAGGCGAAGACGACCCUCAGCAACUUGUGGAUACGGUUCUUUAUCUUACCGGUUUGCAUUUCGCACUGCGAGGAGGAAGAGAGCAUAGAGCGCUGAGGCUGUUCACGAACCCCCAAAUAACAGGUCCCCACACUGACUAUAAUGGCAGAAAGUAUCUACUCUACACGGAAGACGCAUCAAAGACUAAUCACGGCGGCUUGAAGCACAGGAAGCUGGUACAGAAACAAGUUCGAGCGUAUGAGAACACGGACAACCCUAAAAGAUGUUUUGUGCGUCUCUUUGAAAAGUACAGGUCUUUGUGCAAACCUGGUCAACAUACUGAAUACUUCUACUCCACUCCAAGAAGGACUAGAACGUCGAAAGACUGGUAUACUGUAAAUGCCAUCGGCCAUUUACCUUACAAGUUACCGUCAAAAGACUGUGCAAGACGUCCGGUAUUGAGGGCAUGAAGACAAACCAUUCCUUGAGAGCCACGGCAGCCUCUCGAUUGUAUCAAGGUGACAUUGAUGAACAAAUGAUUUGCGAAAUUACCGGACAUCGGAGCGACGCCGUUCGAAAUUACAAGAGAACUUCUGACAACCAAAAGGCAACGGUCUCUGACAUACUUAGUAUGUCAAAAAAAAUGAACUCGCCAUCACGUGAAGAAGCUGAUCCGAAAAGAGCACAUGACCAAAGACCUGAAGACAAACUAAAUCGAACUGUGACGCUCAAUUUCAAUUUCAACUAAUAUCAAUAAAUAGUUGAGCCAUGUUCUGUUGUUGUUUUUUCAUG